GGGUUGAUGCGGAUAUUUAGCGCCAACAAGCCACAUCACACACACAUUAGGAUGAAAACAUCCCGUUGCUGUUGGACAACGCACCAGUGUCUUUCUCGAGUGAAAGUUGCUCCUCUUCCGUACGCCCCAUGGAUCCCACGCCAACAAAUGCCGGCAGGAAGAACGCGCCGGCCAGGCACACCCGCACGUUAGGUUUCUGGCUGCGUGAGAGAGGGGACAAGGCUUGCCGCAAUGCCAGGAACUGUGAACUUAGCUCCAGCUCCUGGGCCUGGAACCUGGACCUCGACCUGGAACCGGAACACGAAAUCUUGGACUUGGACGGAGGACCACAAAUAUGGCACCCACAAAGUGCCACCACACACUCCCAACUUUGCACGACGGGACACUCAAGAGAAGCACAAGCUAUGACGGGAAGAUCGACGCCGCCCGUCCACAUGUCCACAACCGACCUGCAGAAUCACACAAAGUUUUGCCUUGCCAACCUGCAGUACUGCGCUGCCCGCUGGGCCGGAUUCAGGUUUCUCGAACCCUUCCAGACUUGAUAAGAAGUCUGCCAGACUUGAUAAGAAGUCUGGAACGGUACAAACUCCAAGUCUUGCUUUUGCUUUUCUCAAUCUCUCUCCAUGACUCCGACCAAAGCAGAGACUUCCCCCGGUGGAGAUCCGGUGGAGGCGCACGAGUGCAUAAAGUUAAAUCUCUCACCCAAAUGCUCGUGAACAGGCGAGUCGACGCCCCCGAACUUCAAAGACAGUCGUCACUGCUUGCCUUCCAUGACGUUGCAUAUCCAAGCCCUAUGGUCGCAAUACCCCUUCAUCGACAUCCUAUUCGUCCUUCAACCUGCUGUCAGCAUG